AUGGCAACGGGGACGGCAGUGGUCGCGGCGAUGCUGAAGAGAACGGCGGAAAGGGCCAAGUUUAUCGAGGAAAGCCGCGGCGCCUUGCAGGACGUGGUCCGGAGAUCGUUGGCGUCCCGCGAACGCGCCACCGCCAUCACUGACACCCAUCGAGCCGUGCGGCGACAGUCGCUGCACGACAUGAAGGAGAUGAGGGAGGCCGGGAAAAAGACGGAGAAGGAGGCCAGGGAAGUGCUCGCCAAGAUCCAGCUCUGGGAGAAAGCAGCGCAAGUGAGCGAGGAGCUGGCCUUCGAAGAGGCCGACGCCGUGGCCCGCCGGGCAGAAACGCUCGAAGACGCUGUGGCACUCCUGGCGGGCUUGAUGGAGAGACAUAACUCUCACAUGGAGCGCCUCGCGGUGUUCCGCAUGCUGAAUGGCCCGCUGCCAGUCGCAGCAGCGGCUUCGGACUAGGAGACCAUACAAUAAAUAGGGUGUAAUACCAAUACCUUAGACGAUGUAGUUCACUCCGAUUCCCCCCCCCUCUGAGCACUAAGUAACACCCUGGUCCCGGACACGAAUGGCUCAUCGGCGCGGCAACUGUGACAAACGGGGACAACGGUGAACAGGGGAAGCUCGUGGUUGCGGUUGUUUGGGUCGGAGGGGAUGAUGUAGAGUACCUUUUCUUCCUCUUUUGCCUCUACUUGUUGUACCACCGUAGGGUUAGGGUAAGGGUUAACCCGACGGUGGCCUAGGUACCGCCUUUCGGCUGCCUCCCCGUUGUUCGGAGAAACCGAGAUGCUGCGUGUAGGAGCUGUGUCUAGCAGAGGAAAGUUUGCAGCGACUUCACCGCCGAGUGUCGUGUCUGUUUGUUGUCUCUCCCCCCAGGCACGGCAGUAGCAUAGAGUACCCCUGUGGUUGUGUGUUUGCGGCGUUCGCGCUCGUUGUUGCUUCGAAAGCGGAACCUCCUCGCAGGGUGGAGAGGCUCGAUGAGAGCGAGAGGUGGCGCUCGUGCACCGUCUUGAAUCGUAAUGCAAGUUUCCGGUCGUGCUCCCCGCAGCCGGGUGCUUGUUGUUGGGUGUACUUUUGUUUUUUUUAGCUCUGGGGGAUUCGAAUAUGGACGUCUCUCCGAGUUUCGAAUAUGCACGUGUGAGUCAGGUAUGUUGUGCAGUUUCAACUGUGCAGAUUCGGUGUUGAUGAAGGAAGGAGGUUGGCUGGCCUAAGAAAUUCAGGGUGAUUCGUGUUCAAUCGCGGGCGUUGUACCAGUACUUCCAGGGCAUCGUUCGUUUGUUUUUUGGAGGGGGGCAGCAAGGAAAAGAUUAUGUUGUACAGCAGUAGCGAAUAAUAUAAUCCCGCGGGGGGCCGCGAAAAAAGUUUUUGAAACAUGUAUGAACCAGUAUGAAUGAGAUGAGGAGGACACCUGGCGUGGGCAUAAGAACGACGUGGCUCUCUGGGAUCCCCGCCAGUUUCAUGGAAUGCGAAUUUAAACACCCAAUUGGCAAGUGCCUCCCUCUUGUAGUAGUAUGAUCCGAUGUACGUCUCAGUCCAUGGUUAAGAGGCCAUUUUAUGGGAUGAUGCGUUGAGGAUGUUUUCUGCAAGCUUUUUCUGCUUUUGGGACUCGAAAGGGGCAUGGUAUAGAGCUAGUUUGGCUUUGAAUAGGUUACCAGUGUCGGACUAGGUCCGGUUGGGGUACGCCAAGUCUGUGGUUGAGUUGCAUUGGAGUGGAGUGGGUGCGCAGUGCGCAGGGGGCAGAGUGCGUUCGAGAAAAAACAAGCUAGUUAAUACCAAC